AUGGCUUCCCACCGCGCCGACGCCAGUGCCUUUCUCGAUAACCGGGGCUACACGGGCCCUCUGGUCCGGGGCGUCAACCCAAUCACCCUCUUCGAGAAAGCCGUGCGCGACCGCAUCACCGACUCCUACUACUGGAAAGAACAAUGCUUCGGCCUGAACGCCGCCACGCUGUGCGACCGUGCCACCGAACUGACCUCCCUCGGCGGCACAUACGGUGUCUCCGAAAAACCUGCGCCCUUUUUGUGCCUUGCGUUCAAGCUGCUGCAACUCAACCCCGAGCGAGACGUGAUCCUCGAGUACCUCCACUUCAGCGACCCGGGCAGCGACGACGAGGCCGAGGCCGCCGAGCCGGAAAACGGGGUUGUCAAGGAGCGCGGCGAUUUCAAGUAUCUGCGCGCACUAGCGGCGUUCUAUGUUCGGCUCACUUUUGAUGCCGUGGACGUGUACAAGACGUUAGAGCCGCUGUUGCUUGAUUAUCGGAAAUUGAAGCGCAGGGUCCGCGAUACCUUUGUGCUCACGUAUAUGGAUCAGUUUGUCGAUGAUCUGCUCACGAAGGAUCGUGUCUGUGGUACCAGUCUGUGGAAGCUGCCAGCACGACAGCAGUUGGAAGACUUGGAGUUAUUGGAUGUGCGGGUUAGUCCGUUGCAGGAUGAGUUGGAAGAACUGGAUCGAGAAAGUAAUGCAGAGGAUCGCGAAGAGAGCAGAAAUGGCAGUGAGGACGGGUCUGCACGGGGUCUUGACGACGGCGACGAUUGA